AUGUCAGGUAAGGAUGACACGUGCUUAACAUUAGCAUCCACUAUAUUAUUAAUAUAUUGUGACGGAAGUAAUAAUACAGAGGAUUUGUUUGCUUCCAUCUGCGAUAUUCCACUUGACGAGUUCACAGGAGAAGUGACACAGGCAUUGGUUAAGUUUUAUUAUAAAUAUAAACAUCUCGGCUACGCACAACCAGCACGGGCUCGAGUAUCAAACCUCGGGCCAAUGGCUGAAUCUUCUUUUUUAUGUGACUUUGUCGGUGCAUUAAAAUUAAACUUCUGGCCAAGUGAUGUUGUACCGUUUUUAAACCGUUUAAGAGAUGCUAAGCCAAAAUUGUCUGAAGGAAUAAAACGAAUGUAUAUGCAUAUUGUAUCAAAACCACCUGAAACAUCUUCUGAAGGAUCUAAAAGACAACCACAUUAUUUUCGUUAUUCAUUCUCAUUUAUUGAACAAUAUAUCGCUUAA